CAAGGGGAGCCUCAUUAAUAACUAAUGACCGCAGGUUGGACCUCACGCAUAUAAAGCCCACCGGGACCCUCCGAAGGCGACACAUUUCCAACAUUCCCAACUCCCGCGCGCACCACGAGAGAGCAUAUCCAAAUUGACUGUCAAAGCCUCGUAUCGCAAAAUACCUCUCUAGACUGCGCACACUGUCUGCAGUCUCAUUCAACCCCUCGGCUCUGCAGACGUUAAGGACGUUCCUGUCAAAAAGCGCAUCCGCGAUGGGCUCCGUGCUGCCCGCCGAAGCGCUGGCCCUCAAGGCUGGACUCAAGCAGCAGAGCCUGGCCCUGUCCGACAUCAUCACCUCGGACAUCCUGCACAGCUUCCUGUACGGCAGGUGGAGGAGCGUGCUGGGGGAGCAGCUGUACGAGGAGAAGAGCAACACCGUCAGCCCAAAAACAGCCUUCACCGCGGAGGUGCUGGCGCAGUCCUUCUCUGGAGAGGUGCAGAAGCUCUCCAGCCUGGUGCUGCCCAGCGAAGUAAUUAUCGCACAAAGCUCAAUCCCUGGAGAAGGUCUGGGCAUCUUCUCUAAGACGUGGAUCAAAGCUGGCACAGAGAUGGGUCCCUUUACUGGCAGGGUCAUCAGCCCCGAGCAUGUGGAUCUCUUCAAGAACAACAACCUGAUGUGGGAGGUUUUUAAUGAAGAUGGGACAGUGCGCUACUUUAUUGAUGCUAGUCAGGAGGACCACCGCAGCUGGAUGACUUACAUCAAAUGUGCCCGUAAUGAGCAGGAGCAGAACUUGGAGGUCGUGCAGAUUGGAAGCAGCAUAUUCUACAAAGCUGUAGAGACGAUACCACCAGAUCAGGAGCUGCUGGUGUGGUAUGGAAACUCCCACAACACCUUUUUGGGUAUCCCUGGGGUUCCUGGCAUUGAAGAGGAGCAUCAAAAGAAGCAUAAGAAUGAUGACUUCCACGUGUGCGACACGGCGGCCGCCACCGCGGCUCUGGCCACGGCAGGGCGCAUGCGCUGCGUCAUCUGUCACCGCGGAUUCAACUCGCGCAGCAACCUGCGCUCGCACAUGCGCAUCCACACGCUGGACAAGCCCUUCGUGUGCCGCUUCUGCAACCGCCGCUUCAGCCAGUCGUCCACGCUGCGCAACCACGUGCGCCUGCACACCGGCGAGCGCCCGUACAAGUGCCAUGUGUGCCAGAGCGCUUACUCGCAGUUGGCCGGCUUGCGCGCGCACCAGAAGAGCGCGCGCCACCGGCCGCCCAGCUCUGGGGCGGUGGUGGGUCUCCAAGUGCCAUCCCCGCCUCCCCCUCCUCCGCCUCAGCUGGCAGCGGUGCCGCAUCCGGCCUCGCUGGUGCACCACAUCCCGACUAUGGUGCUGUGAACUGGCCGCGGUGCUGAACUGCUUCAGAACCUUUAGACGCCCCAGUAGAGCGCUCGGACUUGCUUUAAAGGUGGUGGUGCGUAAUUGAGCGUCUAAGCGCGCGUUAGGCUCGCGUUGAGCGCACGUUGGCGCACGUGUGUCUGUGGAUGGGUGAUGGGUGCUGUGUGGUAGCUCGUGGGCUUCGUUUGCAUCGUGCUCAUAAAUCGAGAGGUAUGAAGGUUGAAGAUUAAUUUAAUGCCCAGAGUAUUACAGAUUGCGCAAGAUGAUCUAAAGCCCACCUCAUCCCAACCCAACUCAUCCCAAGCCAUCACCUUUAUGCCUGCCUUGGGUGGCCUCAAUUGAUGGUGCAUCAGUGAAUAUGGCUAGGGGCCAAAAUGUUGCCAAAGGCCAUGGUCUCAUUAACGAGGUGGUCGCCAGAGGCAGGGCAGAUUUGUUCAUGUUGUUCAUGUUGAAUGUUCUCCAGAGGCUGAAAUAGCAGAGAGUAGAAAGAGUGGAAGUCCUAUGCUAGGUCUGAUGCUCUGCAACAGGUGAUGCAUUGAAGCUGGUGCAAUUAAAUUUCACCAUAGUGCAAAAUAAUGCAUUUGAAUCAAGCAAAUACAAUGCAUUGCUUAUUUCAGUGUAUUCAGAGGUGCUAAGUCAAAGUACAGUAAAGCCUAUAUAUAGGAAUAUUUGCAUGCCCCACUUUGUUAACAGCCUCUAAAAUAUUCUCAAACAACAAAUUCCAAUGUAUAAACACUUAAAGCAACCUUAUGUGAGAAUUGGUGUGUAUUGCUUUAGAGCUCCCCCUACAGUGGUGGAGGAGAAAUCACUGUUACGCUUUUAACUCCACUGCCGUAAAUGCAAAUCAUGCUUUGAGCUUCCCUUCAUGAACUGGAUACUUCCAGAAAGAGCAACUGAAGCUGAUUUUACUAGCUCCACCAAUGAUAAUGACAGACACCAUUCUCCCUAUUGCAGUCAUUGUACCUUUAAAAUAUGUUUACAUUGUUAUUUUAAGCUGUAAUUUAAGGUACACCUGAUAUAUAAUGUUGCUUUAAGAAGAACAAAUAUUGUUUUAAUCUAAUUUUAAGAUAUGGAGUCACAUAUAGUGCAUCACAUUAGAUUUUAAGGCGGCCAGCUAAAAGUUAAGCCAGACCAGACAUUUUUUUAGGUUUUAGGAGCCUCAUUAGUGCCACCUACAGACCUGCAAGUUAUCCCUCCCCCUCUGGUCUUAGUUGACCCCAAGCCCCUCCACCCCUUUCCCUAACAGAGAGUAAAAUCCUCAGAGCACAGUAUUGUAAAUUAUCAAUGUAAAAUUAUGUAAAGUAAUGUGAAUAUGACUUUAAAUUCUACCCCCACAAUUUAUCGAACAGUCACUUUAUUUGUGUAUGUAUGUAAAACCUAAAGAUAAGAAGAAUACUUUGUUCUAUUAUAUUAUGUAUACUAUGUUUAACGAAGAUCAAAUACUUUGGAUAUUCAUCUUGUAUGCUAAUAAAUGAUUACUUAAACAA